UCGUUGUUACGAUUGGUAAUUAACGGGCGGGAGAGGGAGGACCAAGAAGGAAAGCGCGCAGGAGCUGCUGUUUCUUGCGGAACGGGAAGGAAGGCCCGGGGGCAAGAAAGUGGAGCGAGAGAGAGAGAGAGGCAGCCAGAGAGUCGGAUUGGCGAGCAAUUGCGCUGCACGAUGCGCGAAUGCGGUGGCGACCGAGCGAGCCAUGGGCGGCAGGUGCGACUCUCUCUUGGCAGCGGGUGAAUCGCUCGCUCGCUUCUUCCAGAGGUGAAGCUUCGGUUCACUUCGGUUCGCCUUUUGAGCGUGACUGAACGUGCUGUCAUCGUGGUCGGGGAGGGAACGAGGGAGAGAGCGAGAGAGGGCCACCUUCGCUUUCUUUCUUUCUUUCUUUCUUUGCUUUGUUUUUUGGUGGAUGAGUGAGUGAGUGAGCGCGAGCUAGCGACGACGAGGAGUAUUUCAUGGUGGAACCGGAGAGGCGAUUCAGGGGUUGUUGGGAGCUGUGAUCGGUAGGAGGAUUGGCUUUUCGGCUGAAGGAAGCUGAAGGGAGCUGAAGGGGAGCGCGGGUUGGCUGUGAUUGAUUUUCCGGAAGAAAUCGCGAGAUCCACCAUGGCAGAAACGGAGCCGAUGAAGAAGGCACUGAUCUCCGGCAUCACAGGGCAGGAUGGAUCGUACUUGACAGAAUUCCUGCUCAGUAAGGGAUACGAAGUGCACGGAAUCAUCCGGCGGUCGUCGAAUUUCAACACGCAGCGCCUCGAGCACAUCUACAUCGAUCCGCACAACUCGAGCGCGCGCAUGAAGCUGCACUACGGCGAUCUCACAGAUGCCUCGGCUCUGAGGAAGUGGGUCGACAGCAUUUGCCCCGACGAAGUGUACAACCUCGGAGCCCAGUCUCAUGUCGGCGUGUCCUUCGAGAACCCUGACUACACGGCCGACGUCGUGGCCACCGGAGCUCUGCGUCUGCUCGAGGCCGUGAGAACGCACAUCGAGACCACUGGCAGGAAAGUGCGCUACUACCAGGCCGGAUCCUCGGAAAUGUAUGGUGCCACUCCGCCUCCGCAGGACGAGAACACCGUCUUCCAUCCCAGAAGCCCUUACGCCGUGUCCAAGGUCGCGGCGCACUGGUACACCGUCAACUACCGCGAGGCGUAUGGCCUGUUCGCCUGCAAUGGCAUCUUGUUCAACCACGAGUCGCCCCGGAGAGGAGAGAAUUUCGUCACCAGGAAGAUCACCAGAGCCGUGGGCAGGAUCAAGAUCGGCCUGCAGAAGAAGCUGUUUCUCGGGAACCUCAAGGCCUCGAGGGAUUGGGGCUUUGCCGGAGAUUACGUCGAGGCCAUGUGGCUCAUGCUGCAGCAGGACAAGCCCGACGACUAUGUCGUGGCCACAGAGGACUCGCACACCGUCGAGGAGUUUUUGGAGGAGGCGUUCGGGUACGUGGGACUCAAUUGGCAGGAUUACGUCGAGAUCGACCCCAGGUACUUCCGGCCGUCUGAGGUCGACAACUUGCGUGGCUCGUCGGCCAAGAUCAGGGAGCUUCUGGGCUGGAAGCCCAAGGUGGACUUCAAGCAGCUGGUGGCCAUGAUGGUCGAGUCCGAUUUGGAGAGGGCCAAGCGCGAGAAAGUGCUGGCCGACAAUGGUUACAUUGCUUCUCAUCAACAGCCCUGAACAGCAACGGAUGCAUUGUUCCAUUUGCUGGCUCCAGGUCUUCUACCUGAUCGAUUUUUUCACAUUCCGAACAACAUCUCCGGUUUAGAACUCAGUACAGAGCAAGGAAUUGCAACGAGGUGGCCAUGAGUUUCCAGUCUGUCCCUGCGGACGUCCACUGUACAGACAGACAACGCGCUCGAUCCGAUCGAUUGUCAGUGAAGUUAGCAGACGGAAGAGAGAGAUAGCGAGCGAGAGAGAGAGAGCAGCAGCAGCCGUGCAGAUUCUCUCGAUCGAACGGAACAGCCCGUUCGGAUCUGCCCGUGCUUCGAACCUGAUGAAGAUUGUGACACCUUGAGGGCUGUGCCUUCAUUAGUAGACGCUUCGACAUCAUUCACCAACAUUCAGCUUAGAGGGGAGCAGAGACAAGCAACCAAUAGCAGAGUUUGAGUGAACAUAUUUUUUACCUUGCAGAACUUAUUGCCACAUUGUGUCUAAGGCAGAGUUUCUGCAUUUAUUCUUUAUUAUGUCAGGAGGUCUUGUCCUCUAAGAUUCAAGCUCAUGUGAGCAGUGUGCCGAAACAUUUGCAUCUACACCCGUGUACUUUCCAUAUUCUGUGCCAUAAACACAAUCGUCUCAGGUGUACUCUGUCUGGGAUCGUCUACCAGC